AUGAGUUCCAAACCCUUAACGAAAUGGGGUUCCAGCAAUGUGGGCUUUGCUUGCAGUCAUGCGAUCAAGGGCUAUGGCUUCGGAGUGGCCAUAGCCUGUGGAAAGAAUACCGAUGUGGGAGCGAUGACGGCACUCAGUUUCCAGGAGCGCCCUGUGAGUCGUGUGGAGAGGCAUCAGAAACAGGUGGCUUACUAUACGAUCUUAAUAGUCGUUAUCUUGUGUUUCCUGCUGCUCAUCACUUCCGGAUUCCAGCGUGGAGAAAUUGUCUAUGAAGUCAAUCUCUCGCUUUUGGUUGCCCUGACACCCAUGUACCUGCCCAUCAUCCUUUACUGGGGCAUGAGGACGACGAAAAAGGAAGUCAGGAGGAAGCAGUGCCACGUGAGGAACCUUCUGAGUGCCACCACAGUGGGCCUCACCACGGUAAUAGUCACCGACUUGGUUGGGACGAUGACCAAGCGGCGCAUGCGAGUGUCGGAGAUCUUUGUGGACAUGGGUCUACUUGCCGUCGAGAAUCUGGAUGUGAAUGCUCAGGGACCCCGAUUUAUCGAGCUCAUUCGUGCCUCGGUACUUUGCAACGAUGCGGUCAUCUGUCCGGGAAACAUCGGGGUGCCCAAGAUGCAAAAGGACAUGUACGGCAAUAUCCUGGACAUUGCCCUGCUAAAGUUCGGUCUGAUGAUCCUGCCGAACAUAGAUCAGCUGCGUCGCGAUCACGAGAAGGUGGCCAACAAACACUACUCCAGUACGGACAAGGUCCAGGUGACGGUGCACCGCACUCGCGAUGCGGAGGGCCAGCUGAAGCUGAUCCUGCUGAUGAAGGGCCACUGCCACGUGGUGAUCCGCCGGUGCUCCACUUUCGCCAUUCGCGACGAGGAGCUGCCGUUGGAUGACCAGCUGCAGGAGAUCAUUCUCGGCCUGGCAGAUGGGCUGCUGGAGGCGGGUCGGCAUGUCCGUGCCUUUGCCUACAAGGAGUUGAGCAAUGAGCUGGAGUUCCGCCGCUUCUCCCAGGUGAACGCGAAUGCAGGAAUGGAGGGUGGGGAGUACAAGUACAGGGACUACCUGGCAGUGGAUACCUACUCGCUGAGGUUGCUGGGCAUGAUUGCCACGUACAAUCCGCCGAGGAGCACCAUUCCCAAGGCAGUGGUUCGUUGCAGAUCGGCGGGCAUCAAGUUGAUCCUGGUCACGCGGCGCAAACGCAACAUGGCCAAGGCUCUGGCCAUGGAUGUGGGCAUCCUUUCGGCGCCUUGGGAUCCUCUGCUCACCCGAUACAGACGUCUCUCGACCCCCACGGACAUAGUGGACAUGUCGCAGUAUGCCGACGAGAAGCCCCAUCAUCAGCGCUGGCACAUCGAACAGCUGCUCCUGGCUCAACGGGAUUUGGUGUGUGCCGGGACGAGCACGGAGCAACACCACUGGAUAGUGGAAGCCUGUCGCCGUCUGGGUGCUGUGGUCUCCGUCGUCGGAGGAACGCUCCAUGACACGCCCGCCAUGAGGAGCGGCCAUGUGGCGGUGGCCAAGUACGGAUGUGCGGUCAUGUGCGAGGCCAGUGCCGAUCUCAUCCUGCUGGACAGCUCAUUUGCCACUUUGGUCAGUGUUGUGGGCGACAGUCGGUUGCUGUUCGAGAACCUGAAGAAGGCUCUGGCCUAUUGCCUGGCCACCAACACGACCAACAUACUGGUGGUCUCCACCUUCUUCCUGCUCCACAUUCCCUUUCACAUCCAUAUCAUGGACGAGCUCACACUCGCCUUCCUGGUGAAUUUGCUACCUGCCAUGACCUUAAUUUAUGAGCCCCCAGAGGAGAAGCUGAUGCUGCAGAUGCCCAAAGUUUACGAUGACUUCCUGCUAAAUAGUCGACUACUUUUUGUGUCCUACAUCCUUGUGGGAACCAUCGAAGCCGCUGCUGUUUUUAUGACCUACUUUGUCUUCAUGGCUGACAAGGGAUUCCUGCCCAGGACAUUGGUGGGUCUGCACAUCCCGUGGCACGACGACAUGACCCACGACAUCACCGACUCCUACGGCCAGGAAUGGAGCAGCGAAGCUCGCCAGCAACUGGAGUGCCAGGUGUCCUCCCUCUGCCUGAUGAGCCUCAUCACGAUGCAGUGCACCAACCUGGUGUUGACCAAGACCGGACGUGCCAAUCUGCUCACCCAUGGCUUCGGUAACUGGCGGCUAAAUCUGGCGGUCGUCUAUUUGAUUUGCCUCUGCGUGGUGAUGUGCCUCAUGGACGUCACUGUUUGCCUGCGUCAGGACGGAACCAACGAACUAGACUUCGGCCACUUCCUGUGGACCAUUUGUCCAUUCGUGGCUCUACUGGUCUUCCUCGAGAGCGCCCGCAGAUACUUUCUCCGCCUUUUCCCCGACAGUUGGCUCGAGCUGGCAACUUUGUAUUGAGCGGGAAAAGAUUGAUGCACACGGAGAAAAACUUAAAGGUUUCAUAAAACUUUUCAGUUUAAUACA